GAGAAGAACGUUGUGAUGCGUAAAGUGCCUCCCAGUGUCACAUUGGUAAAGAAAGAGGUUUAUAGAAGGUUUCAGGUGAGCUGCCUGGUGUUUGGUUUCUAUCCCCGCCACAUCAACCUGACCCUGCUGAGAGACGGCCAGCCAGUGGCAGAACAGGAGCUGACAGGGGGGGAGGUGCUGCCUAGUGGAGAUGGGACCUACCAGCUGAGGAAGAGUCUGGAGGUCAGUACUGAGGAGCUAAAGAAGAGACACAACUACACCUGUACUGCCUCUCACCUCAGUCUGGACAACAAGCUGGAUGUCAGUUGGGAGUCUGGGGCAGAGAGAGUUCACCUGUCCACCCUCUCAGUUCUACUGGUGAUGCUGCUGAUUCUUAUUCUAUUUGGCAUUUUCAUUUGCGUCAAAAGGAGGAGAUGCACCUUCUCGUAGACAUUGUCACAACUUGCCAACGUUGAUGCAAAA